UGUGAGUGCCAAGACAAGCCAAUCAUGGUGGUCGGUAGCUCGUGAGUGCAUGGGAGUGGGAGCUUGUGUGCUUGUCCAUGAAAGAAUGUGUCAAGGCCUCCAAUUUGUAACUACCGAUGUCAUCGUGUCCUUUUAGGCAAACUGCUAAAUCACCCACUCACAUACAGAGGAGCACCCGUUCGAGAGCAUGUUGAAAAGAGUGUGUGUGCAGUCAUGUCUUUCUGUGAGGAAAGCGUAUCUAUUGUCUGGUUAUCGAUUUCAACCUGUGAGACUUCAGCAAGCGUUGGGACACGUGCUGCACAGGCAAAUCAGCAGAUCCUCACAGCUCUUCGUGGGAUCUCAAAACAACAGCUCUGCCUCCAAGGUAUUGGUGCACUUUGUCAAUCAGGACGGUGUGAGGAACAGCGUGACCGUGUCUGAGGGCGAGACCCUGCUGGACGUGGUCAUUAACAAGAACUUGGACAUCAGUGGCUUUGGGGCAUGCGAGGGCACCCUGGCCUGCUCCACGUGCCAUCUGGUGUUCGAGGACCACGUGUUCGAUCGCCUGGAGCCCAUGGUGGACGAGGAGGUGGACAUGCUAGACCUCGCCUAUGGAGUCGCCAAAACAUCUCGGCUGGGUUGCCAGGUGACGGUUGAAGGCUGGAUGGAUGGAAUGACAGUUUAUGUGCCGCAAGAUACCAAAGACCUACGCGAGUCAGCUAAGGGGAGCAAAUAAGGACAUGGCAGUGGACACACACACACUCACACACACGCAGUGUGCAUACACUCACACACACGCACACGCACGCACGCACAUAUAUAUAUACACACACACACACACACACACACCAAAUUAUAAAGUGUCCACAGAAAAAAAAGUUUUCCAGUGAUAAAUAUGUUCAAUUGUCAAAUUUGCUUGAACCUCACUGAACUGUUUGAAUGUCUGUUUGAAUUAUACAUACGUAGCUGACUGUGUAACUGCGGUUUGACUUCAGUGACUGGCAGGGAGAGGGAAUAAUAAAAAAUAGUGUUGUGUGUCGCUCGUGAA